AACAUGUUCGAGGUGGAGGAGGUGAACUGCAUCUGCGUGGACUGGAAGAGGGGCUCGCAGACCACCUACUCGCAGGCCGUCAACAACGUGCGCGUGGUGGGUGCCCAGGUGGCCCAGAUGCUGGAUGUGCUCAAGACAAACUACAGCUACUCACCCUCCCAAGUUCACCUCAUCGGCCACAGCCUGGGAGCCCACGUGGCCGGAGAGGCAGGGAGCAGGACCCCAGGCCUGGGCAGGAUCACCGGGUUGGAUCCGGUAGAAGCAAGUUUCCAGGGUACUUCUGAAGAGGUCCGACUUGAUCCCUCCGAUGCUGCCUUUGUGGAUGUGAUUCACACGGAUGCAGCUCCUCUGAUCCCCUCCUUGGGUUUUGGAACCAGUCAACUGGUAGGUCACCUUGACUUCUUCCCCAAUGGAGGAGAGGAGAUGCCGGGGUGCAAGAAGAACGCCCUGUCACAGAUUGUGGACCUGGACGGCAUCUGGUCAGUGAGAGUCACCAUUCCUCAGUUUUGA